CUCUCCAGCUGCCCAGCUGUGCCUCGCUCCCCAUCACAAGUUUGCCCGGAACUGGCCAAGUAGGCGAGUCUGGGAUACGGACGCCGCUGGAGCCUCGGGCAGUUCUGGUUAUGGCCGGGCUGGAGGCUUUACCCUACAUCUGCGGGUGGCUGAUUCUCAACAGCUGUCUCCUAGCCGGAGCGCAGCUGGAUUCUGAUGGCACCGUCACUAUAGAAGAGCAGAUUGUUCUUGUCAUGAAAGCUAAAGUGCAGUGUGAGCUCAACAUCACAGCUCAGCUCCAAGAAGGAGAAGGCAAUUGCUUCCCGGAAUGGGAUGGACUCAUUUGUUGGCCUAGAGGAACAGUGGGGAAAAUGUCAGCUGUGCCAUGCCCUCCUUAUAUUUAUGACUUCAAUCAUAAAGGAGUUGCUUUCCGGCACUGUACCCCCAAUGGAACGUGGGAUUUUAUUCAUAGCUCAAAUAAAACAUGGGCUAAUUAUUCGGACUGCUUUCUGCAGCCUGAUAUCAGCAUAAGAAAGCAAGAGUUCUUUGAAAGCCUGUACGUCCUGUACACUGUUGGCUACUCCAUCUCUUUCGGCUCCUUGGCUGUGGCCAUUCUCAUCAUUGGCUACUUCAGACGAUUGCAUUGCACUAGGAACUAUAUCCACCUGCAUUUGUUUGUGUCCUUCAUGCUGAGAGCUGUGAGCAUCUUUGUGAAGGACAGAGUGGCCCAUGCUCACCUAGGAGUAGAGGCACUGCAGUCUCUGGUCAUGCAGGGUGACCUCCAGAACUUCAUCGGAGGACUGUCCACGGACAAAUCUCAGUAUGCCGGGUGCAAGAUCGCUGUUGUGAUGUUUAUUUAUUUCUUGGCUACAAACUAUUAUUGGAUCCUGGUGGAAGGGCUCUACCUGCAUAACCUAAUCUUUGUGUCUUUCUUUUCGGACACCAAAUACCUAUGGGGCUUCAUCUUGAUCGGCUGGGGAUUUCCAGCAGUAUUUGUUGUGGCCUGGGCGGUGGCACGGGCCACUCUGGCAGACACCAGGUGUUGGGAACUUAGUGCUGGAGACAGGUGGAUUUACCAAGCUCCAAUCUUAGCUGCUAUUGGGCUGAAUUUUAUCCUGUUCCUGAAUACGGUUAGAGUUCUUGCUACCAAAAUUUGGGAGACCAAUGCAGUUGGACAUGACAUGAGAAAGCAGUACAGGAAACUGGCUAAGUCAACGCUGGUGCUGGUGCUGGUGUUCGGCGUGCAUUACAUCGUGUUCAUCUGCCAGCCGCACUCCUUCUCGGGGCUCUGGUGGGAGAUCCGCAUGCACUGUGAGCUCUUCUUCAACUCUUUCCAGGGUUUUUUCGUGUCUAUUGUCUACUGCUACUGCAAUGGAGAGGUGCAGGCUGAGGUGAAGAAGACGUGGACCCGCUGGAAUCUGUCCGUCGACUGGAAACGGACGCCACCUUGUGGUGGUCACAGGUACGGCGGCUCGGUGCUCACCACCGUCACUCACAGCACCAGCAGCCAGUCCCAGACGGGGGCAACCACGCGCCUGGUGCUCAUCUCUGGCAAGCCCACCAAGAACGCCAGCAGGCAGAUCGACAGCCACGUGACGCUGCCUGGCUACGUCUGGAGUAGUUCUGAGCAGGACUGCCAGCCACACUCAGAAGGUCACGAGAGGCAGGGAGAUGAUGUUCCAGCGGGGGAGUCUUCCAGACCAGUGGCGUUGACCCUGGACACCGAAGGAUGCAAGGGAGAAACCGGGUGUAUCUAAAUCCCCAUUUGGCGGAUCUGGUUGUAGGGACCGAGGAUGGAAGAUUGGGAUUCUGGAAUAAAGCGCUGCUUAAACGUUUUCGGUUUCUACCAGUUGGUUCCUAUAAAUAUUAACGCACAAAAGGGUAUCACUGGGAUAGUCUAUUAACUUGUGUUGGCGCUAUCCCCUCAAAUCAAUACUUUCUCUGUGGUUAUUAUUUUGCUUCUUUUGGAUAGAAAAGGUUGCAAGCACUUGGUUCUCAUAAAUAUCACGCCGAAUAUGAUAAAGCUCGUUUAGUUUGCUUUGGUUUUCUUUUUAAGAAACCACUAAUCUUUCUCUUUCUCAUCUUAAUGAUCUUCCGCUAUCACAUCCAUUUUGUCUAUGUUCUGGAGCAAUCGAAGAAUGUACAUUGAAAGACUCAAAAUCUAAAUCCAACUGAACUAGGAAAUCAAUCUACUGGGCAUUAAUUAAGUGAUGUAUUCCUGGCAGUUAUGAUUGAUUCUAGGAGCAAAGAAAACCGCUCUAUUCUUCCUUUGAAUCUCUCUUGUGUGAUGAGCCAAAAUGUGCUUUUUGCUCUUCUUUGUAUACCAUGACAAGUUAGAGGUUUUUUGUCAGUGACCUUGUGUUUGAGAGCUGAUCCUUGAUCCUGUGUGGCCUCAUCUACAUUGUUGCUAACCCACUGCAUCUUUGUCUCUUUCUCUGUCCUCUUGUUUGCUAUGUUACAGAUGGUU